AAUCCAUAUCCAUUGUCAGGGCUGUUGAUUCUGCUGGCAAAGGAGGAAAAAUACUUAACAAAAUAAGGAAAAGAAGGAAAGUUGAAAUAUAAAACACAAGAGCAGGAAAGUAGUAUAAAAUUCUUCCCGCGAAUAGCUCAUGUGAAUAUGUACACGUAGUUGUAUUAUAUUGAUAGUGUUCAAUACGUUUUGAAGACCUGUCCAACGAUGUGACAUUGCUGGGACAAUUGGAGAUUCUUUGUAAAUCUUUAAUCAGUUAUAACCAGUAUAGAAAAUUGCCAGUAUGUCUACAGUUAAAACGAGAUCUUUGUUGAGAACCCUCCGGCCGGGCCUGGUCCUGGCGAUCCUGCUGGCGGUGUGCUUCCCGGUGCUGCUCCUCUCGUCCAGCAUCCCCGCCACCAACGACGACUUCCUCCUGCACCUCAGUGUCCAGGACCCGCACAGAGGACGCGCAGGAGGUGUCUCCAGGGUUCGGCGGGAGGACGGAAGGAAGGGGGCGAGUCCAGGAAGGGAAGACGUGCACCCUCCGUCUUCUUCAUCCUUCUCCCCCUCCUCCGUCCCGUCUUCGACCUUCAAGUUUUACGUCGAUGACUAUAAAGGAAUGAUAGGCCUACACCAGGAAGACCCUCAGGUGCUGGACUGGACGAGGAGGCAGUUCAAGACCAGCUCCGCUAAACGCUACAAAUUCAAUGGUGUUCUCAAUGCGCUCGAUGACAGAUACCUAAGUGCUUCUCAGGAGUUCAUCGGGGAACAGGUGCAGAAGCUGUUCAACGCGUCGCUGGCGAAGGGGGCGCCAGGCACGUUCCUGGAGGCCGGCGCUUACGACGGUGAAUUCCUCUCCAACACCCUGUGGCUGGAGGUGGAGUCCGGCUGGCGCGGCGUCCUGGUCGAGCCCAACCCUGAGUCCUUCUCCAGGCUGCUCUCGAAGGGGCGUCGCGGGGCGCUGGCGCUGAACUCCUGCCUCAGCACCUCGCCUCGAGUGUCGACGACGGCCCUGAACCUCCACGUGGUGCCGGAGCAGCGGGCGGCGAACAUCUCGGCCGAGUACUGGCGGUCGUCCUCCCGCGGCCGCGAGAUGGAGGCGUCGCAGGACUGGCAAGGCGUGGUCAAGACGGAGGUUCUGUGCCUUCCUCUCUACUCCAUCCUGGCGGCGGCGAGGCUGACCUCCUUGGACUUCCUCUCUCUGGACGUCGAGUACGUGGAGAUGGGCGUGCUGUCCUCGCUGCCGUGGGACAAGGUCGACAUCAAGGUGUUUGCGAUCGAGCACCUGACGGAGGAGGACCUCGAGGCCUUCAUGAGCGAGCGGGGGUAUAGCCUCUUCGCCCGCCAGGGGGAGGACUGGGUCUUCAUCAAGAGGAAGUACUUCGUUGUCAACUGAGAGAGAGAGAGGGAGAAGGAGGGAGGGAGAGAGAGAGAGAGAGAGAGAGAGAGAGAGAGAGAGAGAGAGAGAGAGAGAGAGAGAGAGAGAGAGAGAGAGAGAGAGAGAGAGAGAGAGAGAGAGAGAGGGAGAGAGAGAGAGCAAAGGGAGGGAGAGGAGGAUGGAGCACGGUGUCCAGGAGAGGAUGGUGUCUUGUCCGAGAGGUGUGUAAUGUGAGGUAAAUAAAAAAUGAGUCUUAUUA